AUGACAUCUGCCAGACUAUGUCUCGACCUUUUUAUCGUUUCUUCUAAUUUGCUUGUUCCAGGUGGAGGUCAGCUCGGGCGAAUGCUGGCCGCUUCGGCGGCUCUGCUCAACGUCAAUAUAGUAUUCCUCGACGUCGGAGAAAAUAGCCCAGCGAAGCAAAUCGUCUCCCCGCGAUCUCCCUCUCUCACUCACAUCGAUGGAUCUUUCGUAGACCCAGAAAAAAUCAAGGCGCUGGCCAGCAAGGUCGACAUCCUAACUGUUGAGAUCGAGCAUGUCGAUACGAGCGUACUUGAAGAGAUCCAGUCAGCCCUCGGAGCUGUUAUCCAUCCCAGUCCGUCUACGGUGAAGACUAUUCAAGACAAAUUCAUACAGAAACAGCACCUCCAGAGUCACCAAUGUCCCGUGUCAGAGUUUCUCUGUAUCGAAUCCAAUGUAACAUCAAUACACCAAACCGCGGAAAAACUUGGUUUGCCGUUUAUGCUCAAAAGUCGCACUUUGGCGUAUGACGGACGGGGUAAUUUUGUUGUUCGCGAUAUUGCUCAAGUUGAAGAGGCCAUUUCCGCCCUCGGGAAUCGUCCCUUGUAUGCCGAGAAGUGGGUGCCAUUCGUGAAGGAAAUCGCUGUCAUGGUAGUACGCUCCACAACAGGGGAGGUUCGCUCAUAUCCUGCUGUGGAGACCGUUCAUAAAGACAACAUUUGCCACUUGGUUUUUGCCCCCCUGCGGAGUCGCGAUCCACAUGUCGCUAUUCGCGCACAGACCGUAGCCGAAGCCGCAGUUAAAACCUUCCAGGGCGCUGGUGUCUUUGGAGUCGAAAUGUUCCUCAUGGAAGACGGCUCUAUCUAUAUCAACGAAAUUGCCCCUCGGCCACAUAAUUCUGGACAUUAUACCAUAGAAGCUUGCGAAACCUCCCAGUACGAAAAUCAUCUGCGCGCCAUACUCUCACUCCCGCUUGGUUCCACGUCACUGAAGGUGUCUUCAGCUGCGAUGCUGAAUAUCGUUGGCGCUUCAUCCAACAUGGCAGAAGUCACUAAUUUCGCAUCUGAGUGUAUCAAGACAGACGGCUGUGUAGUCCAUCUGUAUGGCAAAUCGGAGUGUCGCAAAGGACGCAAAAUGGGACACGUCACCAUCGUGGGCAAGUCAGAUUCAGAGGUCCGCUCUCGCCUGCGACCACUGUUAACGGCAUUGCCAUCAGGGAGUACCGAAGAAGAGCUCGCUCUAUACGCCCCAGAGACCCCCGCACAAGGCAGCGGCUUUUCCCACAAACACCCGCUCGUUGGUGUGAUCAUGGGCUCCGAUUCCGACCUUCCCGUAAUGUUGCCAGCUGCUCGUAUUCUGGAUCGGUUCAAGAUUCCCUAUGAACUCACCAUUGUCUCUGCACAUCGCACACCAGAUCGCCUUGUCGAAUACGCAAGGUCAGCGAGCUCAAGGGGUUUGAGGACGAUCAUUGCUGGAGCAGGUGGUGCAGCACAUCUUCCUGGCAUGGUUGCUGCUAUGACCGCGCUUCCUGUCAUUGGGGUUCCUGUAAAAGGUAGCUCGCUCGAUGGUGUUGAUUCGUUGCAUAGUAUCGUGCAAAUGCCGCGAGGUAUACCUGUGGCGACAGUUGCAAUUAACGGCGGUAUGAAUGCUGGAUUGCUAGCUGUGCGGAUUCUCGGGGCUGGUAUGCCUCAUCUGUUUGCAGAUAUUGAUGCGUACCUGAGAGGAUUAGAGGGCGAGGUUAUAGCAAAGGUUGAGAAACUGGAAGAAGUUGGCUGGGAGAAGUACGAGGUGAAGCGAUGA